AUUUCACUUAACAAGAAAUUAAUUAAUCUUUCCUGUUUGUCGUUGUUGUGAAUAGACGAUCAAAACAUUAAAAACGUACACUGUUCAAGCUCGAUGGACGAUGGAAGAUCGCCUACCGACGCUAGAUGAGUAUUUAGAGGAAGCCGUAAACACUAGUGGGGCUAAUCUUCUCCUAGCACAGGCUUGUAUUGGGAUGGAAGAGGCAGGGAUUGAAGCAUUUGAAUGGAUUGCAAGAGGUGAAGGUAAAACACUUCAUGGAAUGAAUGUCAUCGGCCGUUUAUACAUGAUAUUGUGUCAAACGAGGAUGAAGAAAAGAGAGGGCUUGUGGCUGGGCUCAAUUGUUACAUAGAGGAGCAUGGCGUUUCCAGAGAGGAGGCAAUUGAAGCGUGUAGGGGAAGAGCUCGGAAUGCAUGGAAGGAACUGAACGAGGAUUGGUUGAUGAGGCCAACUAUUGUUCCCAGGAAAAUCCUGCUCCGAGCUUUUAAUAUAGCUCGUGUUGUAGAUCUCACUUACAAGGAUGCCGAUGGACUUACAUAUUCCGAAGAAGUUCUCAAAGACUACAUCCUCAAACUGUUCGUGGAGCCGAUUCCACUUUAAGAUCCACUUUCAAAGCGAUUUAGUAUAUGCAUGUGGCAAUCCCAAAAAAAAUACAUAAAUAAUAAGCUUGGAUACCACUAGAAACAACCUUUGAGAUAUGUAUUUCAGACACCUGAGAUUCAGUAAUAUUAAUUGUUUGGAUCGAACGUUAUGCGUGCUUUUCU